UGCCUUUUUUUCCUUCUUACUUUCUCCUCUCCCUCCUUUUUAGUUUGACCCCCUUUUUUACCUCUUCCCUUUAUUCCUCCUCUCCCUUCUUAUUGGGCUGCAUUGUGGCCAUGGGGCUCCCACUGCUUCCUGAGCCAUUUGGGAUUGGGAACCAUCACAGAGCACAAAAUCCCCACCUUAAACUUGCACAGAAAGAGCUCUUUUGCAUCUACCACUAAUCCUGGUAACAUGAAGAAAUAUUUUCUAUGCGUAUCUUCAAGAUUUGGAUGCUCUGUUCCCCCUUCCUAGAGCUAUUCCCAGAAUUAGAGGCCUUUUGGCAUGGUGUGGUUCUGCCUUUGAGUUUCUGGCCUCGCUGGUGGUUUGUCAUUUUUCAUCCAUUUUGAUGCGUUUAUGCUUUGGUGUUCCCUUGGCCAUUGGGUCACCUGCAGCAUUUUGCUCAUCCUUAGAGUUGUGGGGUUGCUCUUCUCAUGCCUUAAUAGCGAGGAGAUGGACGAGAAAUCGUUCUGUUUUCUAUUUGUUAAUGUCUGUGGUUGAGCAUUGGUGGGAAAGAGGAAGUGUCUGGCUACUUUGGAAGGCUCAGAAUGACGUGGAUUUACAUUGGAAUUUUGGUCUUUUUCCAUCAUGGCUGGCAAUCACAUUGACUUUCAUUAGGAUUUUGGUCUUGUCCAGGAUGGCUGGGGAUCAUGUUGAUUUUCUUUGGUGUUUGUUCUUGCCUAUCAUGGCAGAGGAUCACGCUGACUUUCUUUGGGGUUUUGGUCUCAUCCGUCAUGGAUGAGGAUCGUAUGGACUUUUCUUGGGUUUUUGACCUCAUUCAUCACAGAUUUGGAUCACGUUGGCUUUUUGGGGGGCAUUUGGUCCUGUCUACCAUGGAUUUGGAUCACAUUGACUUUCUUUGGGGUUUUGGUCCUGUCCAUCAUGAAUGAGGAUCACAUUGACUUUCUUUGGGCCUUUGGUUUCAUCCAUCAUGGAUUUGGAUCACAUUGACUUUCUUUGGGGUUUCAUCCAUCACGGGUUUGGAUCACAUUGACUUUCUUUGGGGUCUUGGUAUCGUUCAUUAUAGCUAAGUGCUAUCAUGUAGAGUUACAUCAUCUAAUACAUCUUUUUCUCCAUGUCUUUACUCCAGUGGAGCUUUAUGUCACACUUUUUAGAGCUCUCCUGUUAUUUAGGUGCAGCCUUAGUGAUGAAUGGGCUCUCACUGCCAUAAAUCCAAUGGCGUGUGUGGCAUUGGGAAAAUGCAUGGCAUAAACCUGGUAGAGGAUGUUGAGCAAAGGCUACAUUGUAACUCCUGCCACACAGUGCUUUAUGUUUGGUAGUAAUUAGGCUUUAAUUACUGGCCUUAAUGAAGGCCUUAUGUGCCUGGUCAGCUGCGCAGAUAUCGGCUUUUAAUUUUAAGUAUUUUAGGUGUGAGGGCUAUCAAAAGUCUUGGAAUUUGCUUUUUGUUUUUCCAAUGCUCACAAACCAGGAGCAUCUUCGAUAGAUUUAUCACAACCUGCUCAGCUUCUGGCAGGCUCAAACCUGGAGGCUUUGAGCUUCGUAAUGAAAAUGAAGCGUGAAUGGCCACAGCAUCACAGGUUGGGAGCCCUGGGAGAUUCCAUUCAGCCUCCCUGGAGGCUUCGGGUUCUUUUUCAUAUAUAUAUAUAUAUUUGCUGUAGCCUUUUAUGAUCUGGAAAGCAGCCCAGAAAAUAACUUCUAGGAAGGAAGCUGGGUGCAGUGCCUCUGUAGGAUGUCCUUGCAUCCCCUCUACCAUGAAAAUGUAAUAGAUCUUCAUGCGUAAUGCCGUGUGCUGUCAAUAGAACUUAGCUCCUGUUGGUUUUCAUUGUAAGUACUGCUUUAAAAUUCAACUUUGGACUACUACUGCUGCUCCUGAAGGAAGUCCAGAGGAAGAAUGUAUCGUUAACUUUAUUUUUGUACCAGUGAUUAUCCAGUAAUUGAGUUACUUAAUAAAUUAAUUCUGUAAUACACUCCUUGGUCUUCUUAAAUAACUCUUGGCACGUGGUGGGGAUCUCGCCUGCUUUGCUCUGUGAGUUGUAACUGUAGUAGAAAGAAUGGUGCUGAGGUGGCACUUGGAGCAGAGGCUUUGUGACUCUCCCGUCUCUCCUCUAAUGAACUUCAUUAGCUGUUUGGUAGAUAGCCUCUUGCUAAGGGUGCUUGUCUAAAAUAAGAAGCAGCUACAGCCAGCUGAGGAUAAAAGUUCUGUCUUUGGGAUUUCAGCUGCCAUACCAGCAGCCCACCGAGGACCCCUAGGUGAUGGGGCUGAGUGGCACUGAGGCACGUCUUACUUGUAUUUAAAGGUAAUCUGUCCCCUUGUGGUUUAAAACUACUCAUCUCUCAUCCAGUUUGGUGGUUGCUCAUGUCCCCACUGUUGAAGGUAGGUCUAUUGGUUUCCGCCAUCCCAACCCAAUGAAGGUAGGUCUAUUGGUUUUAGCCGUCCCAACCCAAUGAAGGUAGGUCUGUUGGUUUCCGCCAUCCCAACCCAAUGAAGGUAGGUCUAUUGGUUUCAGCCAUCCCAACCCAAUUGACCUCCUCCAGCCCAACCCUUUCUUCUUGGAUCCUCCCAUCUGGCAGAGGCUGUUUGGGUUUUUGGUUGUGGAUGACUUGCCUGUUGAGCUCCAAGGAGUCUGUGCUAUUGAUGGAUAAGACAUUGUAGAGCUGAAAGCUGUAUCUAGUGGAGGGCCGCAGGCAUCCAUCCUGCUGAUGUGUUGACAUCAAUGAAAUGCCAUAGUUUUCCAUCCUGUACGAUGUAGAUGUUCAGAGACUUGUGCAGCACUUUGUGUUGCAGGUAUAUUCCAUCUGAUCCAGGUUCUAUAGAAUUGAAGAGCCCAGCAUUAUUUUGUAGUUGCUUUUCACCCUUUUGUCCUGUUUUGUGGGUAAUGGGGGCAUGUUGUUGUGCACGGAGCACAUUGCUGUGCUGGGCUUCCUCACCUGCAUUAUUUUGGUUGGUGUUGAUGGUUUCCUGCCUCCUUGAGGGCCUGAUAAAAAGGAGAUAUCUGAUGGUUGUAAACUAAAAGAAGGGGGGAUUUAGGUUAGAUGUUGGCAGGGUGUUGGAACUGGGUGGUCUUUGAGAUCCCCUCCAACCUACUCCAUUCCAUGAUUCUAUGACAAGUCAUGCAAUCAGAAAGAAACCGGUUCCCACCCACUGUUCAUUACGUAACCCUCUAAUUAAAGUCAUCAAACGGAGAUGACUCCGCGGCUCAGGAAACUUCCCCCAUGUCUGGGUCAAAAAUACUUCCUCCGUGCUUUAUUUACAUUGUGACAUCCUCGAUGUUGUGUCAAUUAAUUCUUACCCCACAAGUUUAUUUUUGGCUUCAGCUGUUGAGUCUCCUUCUAUUCAGGCCCCCAAAAGGUCUUUUAACUCUUCAGUUUUCCCUAUAAAGGAGAGAGGACUUGAGGUAGUGCUGCUCUCUUUCUCCCUAGGAAAUCCAAGCUGAUGUGAAUCACUUCUCAUAGUUGCUUAGGGCGGCAAGUUGUUGUUUUCUUUUUCUGGCUCAUUAUUUCUGCACCAUAUUUUUGAGUGAAUGGUAAAGCAUUCAGGGUGGGUCUCUUGCCCAAGAAGCAAAUGCUGUGUGUUCUUAUGAUGGCUGUAAUGCUUAAACUCUGAUAAUGAGAAGCAUACGUGGAUAGAGGUGGCGGUGAGGAAAUGUCAAAGACCUCCAAAACACAAAAUGUGGCAGCAAAUAAAAUGUUGAGUUCUGUUUUCCAUGCACAAAAUAAAUGGUGGUUGUGUGUUGUAGCAGCUCCUAAAACCUCCCUCAGCUCCCAUGUUUGUUCAGAGUGUGAGCAGCCCCAUUUUCUAUAUAGGCAUGCUUGUUAUAAACAUGUAAUAAAUGUUUCAUCUUUUAACAGAUUUAGUUUUGAGUGUUUAGCUUGCAUGGAAAACAGCUGCAUAGUAAGUGAUGUGCCUUGAGGAGGAAGGUGGCCAGGUUAAUGAGCUUUGUUGGUCCCACAGAGGGGAAAAAUGUUCUUAAAGUGCACUUAAAUCCAGCUCGCAGGUAGUUAGGUAAUUGCAGAGUGGUCUCAUCUUGCUGAGCCACAGAUAGACAUUGGGUUUGGGUGGUGCUGUGUGGACUUUGAUGGUCUUCAUCGGUCCCUUCCAAUUGGGAUGUCCUGUGAUCUAAUAGCUGUCCCCUUUCUCUCCUGGUCAAGGUGGAGCCUCUCCUCCAAAACCAAGUGUGAUCUCAGAGGUGUAGUUCAGCCUGGGUUUAGGAUAGACCAUGGCAUGGUGGCCUCUGGGGUCCUUCCCAACCCGUUCUAUGAGCUCCCUGCAGAACACGUCACCAACAGAACCACCCAGCCUUGUAGCCAGGCCUGCCAUCUUAGGUCAGAGCUAUGUAAUUCAGUGCAGAUAAUUUAAUUAGGGCUGUACCCUGUGCCCUUACCACGUGGUAGAUGACUGAGCUAAGGCAACGUGAGGGCAAACAAUGCUGUUGGCUGAGUGCUCAGGGCAGCAGCCAAGGCCAACAGGUUGAUCUCUUGGUGUUGUUUCCAAAUCUGUUGUCUCCAAAUGUGCUGUUAUGUUGCCUCCAAAUCCCAGUGAGCAUCUCUGUGCUGUCUGCCAACCACUGCCCUCACACUCGUGUGCUCCUCGCAGUGCUCCCAUUAUGUUCCCUUGCAGCAGCCCAGUGUAACAGUAAUCCUUUGCCUCUAUAAAAGAGGAUUAAAAAUGGGAACAUUCGUACCUUAAUUCAGCCUGCCAGGGCUGUGCUCUGUCUUUUGGGCAGUAAUCCUGUUGGGAGAGGGCCGUCAGCAAACAGCAGAUCCUCUCUGGUCAUGCUGUUGAUAGGGUUAGCAAUUCUUCAAAUUAAUUAAAAAGCUGUAACAACUAGAGAAGAGCAACUCGCUUAGAAUGACUUAAAGGCUGCGUGGUUCAGGGUAAAAUAAUUAGAAAUGGGGAUUUCCAUGCUUCUUGAAAUGAAUGUGCACAAAUGGACAUAACGGUACCUUUGAGGAUGCUGUUUGUCAGAUGCUUUGCUGUCCAGACUCCACUUACAUGCUUAAUAAACGGGUGUAAAGUGCCAUUGGUUUCUUUUCCAGGCUUUCUGUGUUUCCUGCAGCUCUUUUAGGUGAUAUGCUGAUGAGAAAGGCAUGAUAAAAGACAUGGAUUUGGUUUUCUAGGAUUUUUAUUUCUUUUAGGGUUCUUUGUGCUGCGAUUGCUGGCAUAGGGAUUAUUUCUCCAGCCUAAUUAAAAGGAUAAUUGCAUUAAGCCACAGGAGGACGCUGUGGGAUGACGAGAGGUGGAUUUCAGUCCCUCCUAGGGCUUGAGUUACUGCGUUUCUGCCAGAGCUCAACCACAGCAAAUUCUCCAUAACAAUGGGAUUUUUGCAUUUCAGUGUGUUUUCAGUGAGUUAAGGUAAUAAUAAAUAUACAAGUCAAUCUUGCUGCUGAUGGAUGGCAUUGUUUCCUUAUCAAACCUGCAUUACUAAUUCCAUCAAGGCUCAUCAUUGCACGGGAAUGGCAUCGAACCCUAUCUAAAGGUGAAUGAGUGAAUAAUAUUUAACCUGGGAGAGCUGUCAGCAGGUUGGAUGCUAUGCAGAGACUUCCAGUAGGAGUCCAAAGCCUCAUUUUAGGAAGGACGUGAGGGCUUCGUUUUGCAUCCCCCUAAGAAAAGCCAGGACUUGGUGUUGCUUGGCUGUGGCACUGACAAGAGAUGGAGCUGAGACCCAUCCAAAAUGGGUCAAAAUGUGGCUACAGUGGUCUGCUGUGAGGGCUGAUCAGCAGCAGUGGUUUAAGGCAUGAUUGCAAUUGUCCUCAUGGAAAUCUCAGAGGAUGAGAUUAAUUCUCCCACCAUUGAAACCUGCUGAUGAGAUGCUCAUGGGAUGAAGAAGUACCUCUGCUUUAGAAAAAAUGCAUAGAGAGCUUUGUGCCAGAACAGCAAAACACAGUGGGAAACCAUUUCUGAAGCAGAAUUCCCUCAAAUAGGAAUAGGAAAUUUAUUUUAUCAGUAGGUGGUGUGUGAUUAAUUUCUCACCGGAUCACUUUUCACUUAGGAAAUGUUCCAGGCUGUUCUUGCAGGGAGCUGGGAAUUCAUCUAAACCUAUAGCACCAAUGGAAAAUAGGCUUUAAAAUCAAACAACCUGCUGUGGUGAGCACAUAGGACUUACACAGGACAAGUGCUUUCUCAUCUCAUCCUGUAGAAGAGUUGCACACAAGCAACUGAGCAGUGCUGAGCACCACUACCACAUCACAGCUCCUGCAGGCAAUCCUUGUGCAAGAUGGGGAAGGAGGAAGGUUGAGCAGCAGAUAUCUAUGCACUGAUGGGGAAGCUCGUUUCCUAGCAGAGGUGCUGGUACGUGUGGCUGGAAAUUACCACAGUGCUGCAAGAAGAAGAGCCAGCAGCACCGUUGUAUGGGGUUUAACACACCCAGAUCACAGCAACCCCCGAGAACAAAGGUGCCAGUGUGAUGGUGGUGGUUUCAUGCAAAGCAAAUGGCUUAUUUACAGGGCAGGCUUGAAUCCAUUAAAGGCAUAUUAAACUCCAGAUGCUCACCAACUUUACAAAAGGAGUGGAAGAAAGGAAGGAGGUGUUGCACAUUUUUUGGAAGGAAAAAAAAAAAUCAGCUCUCCGAGCACGGAGCAGCAUUUCCUUGCAGUUAAAAGCGUGAUGCUGGAAUAGCGAGACAGGUUUAAUGUCAUUUUCCUUUUUAAAGCUGGUUUUCAGACUGAGCUGCGUAGCUCCGGAUAGUGCUGUGCAAUGCACUGUUCGGUUCAGGAUGCUUGAUAUUGGGUCUGCAGCUCAGUGAUCAAGCAGAAAAUGGAAGAGGGGAAACUAGGAACGUUUCCAUUCCUUUGGAACUAAUAAAGAAAUGAGCCGGAGGGAUCAUUUGUGGCUAUGCCAAAUGGGCCCUUGCUCCAAGACCUCUAAAUUAACUUCAGGUGGGUCCAUUACCACCCAGCAAUCUGAUUUAUGUUUAAUAGAAGAAGCAGUGCUGGGGAGAGCUGUGCCUCGGUACCUUCGUGGGCUGCUGCACCUCAGUUUUCUGCCUGUGUUGUUUCUCAAUCCUUGCUUAUUCCAUACACAAAGUGGAACUGCUGUGGUAUCAGUGCCCAACUGAGGCCUCGAUCUCCAAAAUCUUCACCUAGGAGACAUUGUGGUGAUAGCAAGGAGUAUUCACAAAGAAAAGACAGAACUAUUUUAUGAAGAAUUGAGUUUUCAAAGGAGAAACCUCCACCCAAAGUGUCCAAGCAGAAGAAAGAUCUGGUUGCAGAAUUUGGAGUUACGGUCUACAUAGAGUAGGUCUCAGCCCUUUUCCUUCUGUCUUCAUUCACGUGGUCCAUUCUUUGCAUCUGUAUGGAAAUUAUUUAAACAUCCCAAGACGUUUUUCCAUCUGCUUUAUUCUUGUGUGGGCAUCUUAUCUUUGGCUCAGUUUAAAGCACUCCUGAAGCAACACUAUCAUGAGAUGGCGGUAGGGGAGUUCCUCCAGUAGGGUAACCUGCAUGGCUUCAUGUCGAUGUGGUUACUCCUACUCACACCACAGAUGACACUGAGUAGACACGAGCUCCAUUUUCAACCACACGUCUUUGAAUUGAACAUAGAAUUUACAGUUUUUGUGCUCCAUUUCCGUUGUUUUCUGCUGUUUCUGGUGGUCAGGUUAUGCUAUUUUGGGUUGCUUUUCUCCUCCAGCACCUGGUAUUCUUCCAGCUCUGGUGUCAGCAGCGCAUCAGAGGAGGUUCCAUCGCGACCACAAAGCAACUGUGCACUGCAUGGUGAGGUGACUUUAUCCUCAUUUCUCUGUUUUCAAGCAUUUUAAAGAUUUAAAAAAUACUUCUGGCUUUCAUACAAGGCUUCAGGACUAAGCCACAGCUACCAGGAAACGUCUCCACAGGCAGUGUUGUGGUAUAAGGGUUUCCUUGCACCUGAAUUUGUUCAGUUUAAUAAAGCAGAAGAGGAAUAAACAUUCAUUCUCUGGAAUGAGGAGCAUUCAUUUCUGAAAUGAAUCAAGAAUGAGUUUUUCCUUUCAUGCUCUAUGUAAUAAUUCCUUUUCCAGACCAUCAGAUUCAUGUCGAAGCUGCUUUGGGUGGCUCUUUUUGGUGGCUCUUUGGAUGGUUCUUCCUCUGUGCUCACAGCCUGAUUUCUACCAGGAAUCCCGCGGGAAUAAUAUGAAAAGAUGGAUAAUACAAAUAAUGACCCAAACUUUCAACACACGGCUACGAGGCUUUUGCCCUUCAGAUGCUGGAGGUGUUUGGGAAUUUUCCAUAAGGCAAAUGCCCAGACAUGAAAAGAGUGCAGAAGGUGGAGUGGAAAAUUGGUGUUAAGUGAAGUCAGCUAUUGGGUCAAACUGGAGUUAAUCCAAAUUACAAUGUGGAAAUGAGUUACUGAAGCUUGUAGUGUUGGGAUGUGCACAACUGGGCAGGCUUCUGCAUCCACUGGGGAGCAAGUCCUGGUUUGUGGUAGAUGUGUAGUAGUUUCUUGCCCCCUUUUCCCAGUUUUUAUUUACUUUUAUAUAGCCUGAAAUGAUGAAGAUGAGGGUACAGAAAGGGCAGAGCCAGGUUCUGCUUGGUAGUGGAAGCACAAUGCGUGCCUGUAAAAAAUGAGAGCAAAUACCCACACAUUCCUGUCUGCUCUUUAUGGGCCACCCAUGUGUUGAUGUUGGUCACCCAGCUGGUUGUUUGCCCACUUAGGAAUGCAUGACCCAUAGUUUCAGUUUGAGUGGUAUUGCCCUGGUUCAAGCAUUUUUCCUCCUAAAGAAAGCAGUGUCAGAAACAUCGCUCGUUUUACAAUCUCAUUUCCUGGGGAGCAGAGCGGCAGCUAUGCUUUGUCACAUAUUUUCUGGUAGUAUUUUUUUUAUGAGGAUAAAUACUUCUUUAUUUCAAUGGAAAGCACUUUAUGUUGUAUGGCACCAUGGGGAAAACAGCAGUGAACCACUUCAGACAAAGCAAGCCUAGUGGUUUGGGAAAAGCAUGGCCUGCUGUGCUGCUCCAUUAAGGUUUUGCAUGAAAUCUCCCUUGCUUCCUCCAUUUUUCUCUAGUGAUAGCAAAAUAAAUUCAUUAGAAGAAGAUUAUGCUGGAUCUAUUUCCAACCAAAAGAUUUCAUGUUGCUUCAGUGCAUCUUGGCAUCUCAACCCCUUCCUUACUGGAGGUAUUUGAAUUGGUGCUCUUUUGGAUGGUUCUAACAUCACAGUGGCUUGUAAGCAGGGCUGAAUAACUCCUGGUUCCGUUGUGAGUUGGAUUGUGAGUGGGAAGGUGGUUGGAGCUUUAACCUCCAUAGCUUUGCAAUGGUCUCACAACUGCUUUUUGGCAGGUCGGAGCUCUCCUAAUGCGUGCCUAGCUAGGAAACAGCCUAAACUCCAUCUGUUGGGAGCCCAAAUGGUGUUUAAUUUCCAUCCAUGCAACUUAAGAACAGUUAGGGCUUCUCAUAGUGUUUCCCAGACAAGAAACUGACUUUUCUAGAUAGGUGAUGCCAAAAUAAGAGUCAGCUCCACCAUGAGGUUGGUGGCUCUUAGCAAAGCCAUUCAUUCUGUGAUUCCACUAUUAGAAGGAUAGGAGGGAAACUAGAUUGGGUUUGGCACAUUUGGCAUUUUGGGAAGUUCAAUACCUCUUUUGGGAAGAUCUAGCUGGAUUUCUUUGCAUUGGGAAUUGAGAAACCAUUCCUAAAUGCCUAGGUUGGAGUUAUCUUAGGAGGACAAAGGCUGCUGCAAAAAGAACCAUCACUGUGCAAUGCCAUACAUGGAGUGAACCAAUCUCAAUCCCAUAUUCAGAGAUAACCCACCCUGAUCCUGUACAUGGAGCUAAUCCAUCCUAAAGCCCUGGACCUGCUGGCUGGAAGCUGUCCAUUGAGCAAGAGGAUGUGACUACCCACAGCCAUUUUGGUAAUAGUGUGAUAUUUGGAAACUUAUCUGUGUGAUAGUGGGUUUUUGCUUGGCUCAUCCUAAGUCUCUAGUCGGUGUUUUCAUCUAUGAACUCCUCAUCUCCAUUCAACACCAUGUGUGCCUCUGGCAUUUGAGCAGGAAGCUUUCCCUUAGUGCUGUCCAGGGAAUAUUCUCCCUCCGUUUGAGAUGCAGCUUUUUGUUUCCCAUUAAAAAAAUAACAAUAAUAAUUAAAAAAUAGCUGUGCUUGAGUCAACUAUAGAAAAUGAUUGUGGAUGAAUGUUUGGAGGAUGGGACUCGCUAAAAUAAUUGAUUUGCUGGUUGUGGUGUCUUCAAGUUGAAGCUGCCUUUGAUGGAAGUGCAUAAAUGCCCUCAGUGUUCAGUACACAAUGAUGUUGGUACUUCAUCCCAUAGCCUUGGACAUGCCUUGCCUUUCUUCCUAUCCCAGAAUCAGCACAAGACUCGGGUUAUCUCCUGUCCUCAGUUGGAGGUGCUCUCCCUUCUCCUCCAUUCUUUCCACGGAGCAGCCUGCAUUUGUAAUCAUUCUUCUUGCAAUCUCUCAAGUAGUUGUUCUAGGUUGGUUUGGCCAAGAGAACUUUAGCCAAGAGCUCUUUCUCCUGGCAUGGAUCUCAGUGUCCCAUUCUUCCUGUGUGGUUGGUCCCGAUGAUGUCAUUUUUGGGCUCACCAUCAGCCUGAUGACUAAUUUGUCAGAGUGGCUGUCAUGCUGAUCAUUUGCAAAGCAUUGUGUAUUUCUGGCACGUUAUAUAUGUGAUAAAAGUUAUGGGAAGCUUUGGAAGAGCAAAGCUGCGUGCUGGCAUGCUAUGGUUGAGUUGAUGGUGCAGCGCACCAUGGCCAGGUCUGUGUUCCUGGCUCUCUCCUUUUGAAAAGCUGAACAGAUUUCAAUGGAGAGGGGUGUGGUAAAGAGCUUUUAAUCCUGUGGACUUUUGUCCUAGGAUGCUGAGGUUGGGUUAUGUAGUGCUCUUGAGCAUCUUACCUUGUUGUCAAAGUGGCAGAAAUAAGCUCCAGGCACACAGCUUGGGAAUGCCAGGUGUGUUCAGACCUUUCCUCCAGCAAUGGUGCCUGUUUUUGGUGCUGUGAUGUGUAGCUGAGAAAUAGGAUUUUUCAGAACCUCUUCUACCUUCUGGAUCAGCAAUGUCCCUCCUGUGGAAGCCCACUAGGGGAGUACCUAUUGAUGGAAGAACACGGCGUGACUCAAACAGAACACAUGGCCACCAUCGAGGCCCACGCAGUGGCCCAGCAGGUGCAGCAGGUCCACGUGGCCACCUACACGGAGCACAGCAUGCUGAGUGCCGACGAGGACUCACCUUCCUCACCUGAGGACACAUCCUAUGAUGACUCUGACAUCCUCAACUCCACGGCUACCGAUGAGGUGACGGCCCACCUGGCUGCAGCAGGCCCUGUGGGGAUGGCAGCAGCUGCUGCUGUGGCAACGGGUAAGAAACGGAAGCGACCACACGUUUUUGAAUCCAACCCAUCCAUCCGUAAGAGGCAGCAGACGCGUUUGCUACGGAAGCUCCGUGCCACGCUGGAUGAGUACACCACCAGAGUGGGGCAGCAAGCCAUCGUCCUGUGUAUCUCACCAUCCAAACCCAACCCCGUCUUCAAAGUUUUUGGAGCUGCACCCUUGGAGAAUGUGGUACGCAAGUACAAGAGCAUGAUUCUCGAAGACCUGGAGUCAGCGCUGGCAGAGCACGCUCCUGCACCUCAGGAGGUUAACUCAGAGUUACCACCCCUCACCAUUGAUGGCAUUCCAGUCUCAGUGGACAAGAUGACCCAGGCACAGCUGCGAGCAUUCAUCCCAGAGAUGCUGAAGUAUUCCACGGGUCGUGGGAAGCCAGGCUGGGGCAAGGAGAGCUGCAAGCCCAUUUGGUGGCCUGAGGACAUUCCCUGGGCCAACGUCCGAAGUGAUGUGCGCACAGAGGAGCAGAAGCAGCGGGUGUCGUGGACCCAAGCACUGCGGACUAUCGUGAAGAACUGCUACAAACAGCAUGGGCGCGAAGACCUGCUCUACGCAUUCGAGGAUCAGCAGACACAGCAACAGACCACAACCACACACAGUAUAGCACACCUGGUACCCUCACAGACAGUGGUACAAACCUUCAGUAACCCUGAUGGCACCGUGUCCCUCAUCCAGGUUGGCACUGGUGCCACAGUUGCCACACUGGCCGACGCCUCUGAGCUGCCUACCACAGUUACCGUUGCACAAGUCAAUUACUCUGCAGUGGCUGAUGGAGAGGUAGAGCAGAACUGGGCAACGCUACAGGGGGGUGAGAUGACCAUCCAGACAACGCAGGCAUCGGAGGCCACGCAGGCGGUAGCAUCGUUAGCAGAAGCAGCAGUGGCAGCAUCUCAGGAGAUGCAGCAAGGAGCAACUGUUACCAUGGCACUUAACAGUGAAGCAGCUGCCCACGCCGUAGCCACGCUGGCUGAAGCCACUCUUCAAGGUGGAGGGCAGAUUGUCCUGUCUGGUGAAACCGCAGCAGCAGUGGGAGCACUCACUGGAGUCCAAGAUGCCAAUGGCCUCGUGCAGAUCCCCGUCAGCAUGUACCAGACCGUGGUCACCAGCCUGGCGCAGGGCAAUGGCCCCGUGCAGGUGGCAAUGGCACCGGUCACCACACGGAUAGCGGACAGUGCCGUCACCGUGGACGGGCAGGCAGUGGAAGUGGUAACUUUGGAACAGUGACCGUAACCCACAGCAGGAGGAUCAUGAUGAUUUAUUUUUCUUUUUAUCUUUUUUUUUUUUUUGGUGGUUUUUUUUUUUUUUUUUUUUUUUUUUUUUUUUUUUGCCUCUUUAUGCAAAUAAAUUUUUUUAACGCCUAUCCAGAGAUGCAAUCAGGUGGCAUUUGAGUCUCUCUCCGCUUCGGAAGCAAAAGAGUUUUGUUGAUCAUUUUUAAGGAAUGAUAACGAAGGACGGUUGUGUGUGUAUGUGUGUGUGAAGCCCCGGAGCUGCGCCGAGAGGGAUCACAGAAUCACAGAAUUAUCAAGGUUGGAAAAGACCUAGAAGAUCAACUAGUCCAACCAUUACCAUUACCAUUACAUGUAUGUGGGGACUUGGGGACAAUAUGACCAGCACAUGCCCCGAUCCUUUGCCAAAGAGCCACAACCCCACCGCCAAUGACUCCAAUUCAACCCUUCUGGGGGACCCCUCUGGAGCCACGUGCCAGCUCUGUUCCUUCAGCAUCUCCUACAGCACAUCCCCAUUGCUGCCACUCAACUCAACCCAACCCACGUCACCCAACGUCUCCCAAAGGAGGGGACAGCCCAUGGGGGCAUUUUGGAGACAGAUCCUCCAGGACUUUCCAAAGGGACAAAAGCACCCCGGAAGCCCCCCACGGUGCGUGCUGGUUGUGCGUGGUGUAUUUAAUAUAAUUUUUUUAAUUAUUAUUAUUUUCAAGUGGCCAUUAACAAAGUUCUCCACGUCUUUGCUCCGCCUUCCAGGAAGUUUUCAGAUUCUUGUAUUUACUUGUUUUAUAAGGAAAAUAUCAAAUGCUCUUUGUAUACACUUCUUCUGUACUUUAAACAAGGGGAGGGAGAUAUUUCCAUAGAAACAGCCCUGGUUUCUCCGGUUUGUUAUUAUUAUUAUUUUUUUUUAAUUAUUAUUUUUUAUCGUCGUUGUGAAGAUGUUGGUGGCUUCCGAGUCCGUGUUCCUUGGGCGGUGCGAUGACAUUCUUUUAGUCCCAGCGGUCCCCUUUGCCCUCCCCUCAAAGAGACAAAACCAGGCAAGUAGCAGAGCAUGGACCCCUAUUGUUUUCCCAGUGUCUAUUCAAUAAAUUGUUACAAAUGUGUCUA